CGCGCGCGUCAGGAAGAUGGCGCUGCGUCUGCUGUGGAGAGCGCCACAUGGAACGCCGGCGGCGGCGCUGCCGAGGCUGAAACCACUUCUGGCAGCUGACGUGCCCAGGCUUGGAUAUAGUUCCUCAUCCUAUCACAGGUACAUUCCACGGAGGGCCGUGCUCUACGUACCUGGAAAUGAUGAAAAGAAAAUAAAGAAGAUUCCCUCCCUGAAUGUAGAUUGUGCAGUGCUUGACUGCGAGGAUGGUGUGGCAAUGAACAAAAAGAACGAAGCUCGACUGAGAAUAGUAAAAACUCUUGAAGACUUUGAUCUGGGCCCAACUGAAAAGUGUGUGAGAGUCAACUCGGUGUCCAGUGGUCUGGCUGAAGAGGACCUGGAGACCCUCCUGCAGUCCCGGGUCCUUCCCUCAAGCCUGAUGCUGCCCAAGGUGGAAGGUCCUGAAGAAAUCCGGUGGUUUUCAGACAAAUUUUCAUUCUACUUAAAAGGCCGAAAACUUGAACAGCCUAUGAAUUUAAUCCCUUUUGUGGAAACUGCAAUGGGUUUGCUCAAUUUUAAGGCCGUGUGUGAAGAAGCACUGAAGACCGGACCUCAGGUGGGUCUUUUCCUAGAUGCAGUCGUUUUUGGAGGAGAAGACUUUCGGGCCAGCAUAGGUGCAACAAGUAGUAAAGAUACCCAAGAUAUUCUGUACGCCCGACAGAAGAUUAUUGUUACAGCGAAGGCCUUUGGUCUGCAGGCCAUAGAUCUGGUAUACAUUGACUUUCGAGAUGGAGAAGGGCUCCUCAGGCAGUCAAGGGAAGGAGCUGCGAUGGGAUUUACUGGUAAGCAGGUGAUACACCCUAACCAAAUUGCCGUGGUACAGGAACAGUUUUCUCCUUCCCCUGAAAAAAUUAAGUGGGCUGAAGAACUGAUCGCUGCCUUUAAAGAACAUCAACAAUUAGGAAAGGGAGCCUUUACUUUCCAAGGGAGCAUGAUCGACAUGCCAUUACUGAAGCAAGCUCAGAACAUUGUUACGCUUGCCACAGCCAUCAAGGAAAAAUGAUCUGUUAAAUGAAGCUCUCAUCAGGAGCUGGGCCAGGCUGCGGUCCUGAAGCCGGGAGUCCUGCCUGAAGUCUGAAGAGUAAAGGCAGUUUGUAAACAGCCUGUCAGAUUCACUAAGGGAACAAAAACACUCAGUCUUGUUGCAUUCUCGCUUUAGCCAUACACAGGGAAGUGGAAAGCUGCGCUCCGGCUUAGGACAGAAUUUGGCCAACCGGAUGUGCCUUUCUCCAGUAUGAGCUCUUAUUCAGGAACCAAGAAAGUUCCUUUGGUUUCAAUGCUGAACACUGAGUCAGAGACAAAGCUUUCUAUUUAUCAGAAAAGUAUAGAAAACUCACUCUCGGAUCACCUGUGCCUGUUGACCGAGAGGGAGUCCUGUAACUCUGUUAGACUUCUCCAUUGGUCAAAAUCAAUUUCUCCCACUGUGGGUGCAACAUGUAAACCUAUAGAAGAGUGGUCCCAGAGACAAGUCUAAGCCCUGGGAAGAAUUUUCAAGAUUUUUUUAAUGGCCUUCAUUACAUGUUGUGAGAGAGUUGAUAUACUGAAAACUCCAUCGUGUGAAAAACAAGGAAGACCAAACACCCGCUGUACUGUGAUGUUAAAAUACCUAGCUAAAGGGAAGAAAUUCAUUGACAAACUGGAUUUUUUUUUUUUUUUUUUUUGGCCUACAUAAUGCCACAUAGCUAGUUUGGCUGGGUUCUGUUUUGUUUUGAAACAAUGAAUAGAUUUCCUUCAUUAUUCAGACACAGUAAAAGAAUCAAGAAUAAAAUGAACAUUCCAUUUCAGAUGGCCUUGUGGUGGAGGGUUUCUUCAGAAGACUACACACUCUAGGCAUGUGGCUUUUUUUUUUUUUUAAUGGCCUCUUUUGAGCUCCAUGGAAGAAAAAACAUAAAAACUAACAUGAAUUUCUGGCUUAGAUUCUCCGAGAAAACUGUGUUAAUAACCCAAACUCCCAAAUGAGGAAAAGAGCACACCCGUUUCCUCUAGUGGAUUUCCAGGGACUGGAAUUCAUGCAGCAACUUCCGGGGGAGAGGGGGGUCGAGGGGGAGGGACUCCGCCAUGCAGUCUUCCAGUCUGGCUUGAGGGAGCUCCCACCGCUGGCAGCCCCACCGGCAUUACCACACCAGUGCCACAUCACUUCUGUCAAGGGGCUCCCGCCAUGUGAAGCCGGGCUCCCAGCCGUCUUCCGCAUAGCCUUUGCAUAAGCUGCAACCCCUUCUUCUCCAUCACACCCACCAAACUAACCAUUCUUCAAGACAUACCUUGAAGGUCACGUCUGUGAGGUCUCCCCUGACUCCCCCACAGACGCCUUGGUGACGCUCCCCCAGUCCUUCCAUGGCACGGAUCAGAGGGCUGCUAUGACGUGUGUGUGUCCCCCAAAGAGUGUGGCUGUCCUCAAUACUGGACAACGCCAUGCAGCUCCACCUCCCUCCCCUGCUCACCUCUCACCCCCAGCAAGAGUUCGCUACCAGCAGGUUCAUCCCAGUCAGGAACAGUGCUUCCUCCAUCAAACACUUCUGUUCUAAUCCUGGCUUUCUGAGGACCAGGUUUUGUUACAUUCAGACAAGUCAUUUAUUGUCUCUGAGUAUCAGCUUCUUCAACUAGAAUAAUAAUACCUAACUUGAAGAGUUGCUACGGGGAGGCAGUGGGCAUGGAAAUGCACCCCCCAGGUGCCGCUUGGACUAUCCCCACUUGCUCGCAUGGCCGGCCAGGCGGGGGGACAGUGAGGUCAGCAGACAGCCUCCAGCUGCCAGCUCCUCCUUCAGCAUCUGCCUCAGCUGCAGACCGCUGCCCGGGCCUCAACCUUCUCAAGGCAGCCUGCCUCCAGCUGCUGCCUUGAUUUUACCACCAUUUAAGACAAUAAUCUUUACAAAGGAAUGAAUGUCAACUAAAUAAAGACAAACAAAUAAAUAAAUAUGAUACUUUUUAGAAAGUACUAGCAUCAUUGGUAAUUGGUGUUUGAUGCACAUGUUUGGUGCACAGCAGGCAUUUAGGAAAGCUCGAAAUAAUUUCCUUCUCUGUGCCAAACCUGUGCUGCAGUUUAGGACAGGAACACCCCUGUCCCCACACAGCAAGUCUGACUGGAAAGUGAA